AUGGCAUAUACUUUAUGUAGUGUUUACAAGGUCGCUGUCACUCCGCUGGUGUUUACGGAAAUCUCCCUUCAACAGUUCUUCGGCUGGUGUACCAGCACGAACAGCAAAAGGCCGGAGCUGGCUCAGUCGAUGCAGUGUUUGAGACAAAAAUUCGAACAGGCGUUGGCGAAGACGUGUCGUCGGAGUUCGGAGUACGGCGCCAGUCAGAGAAGUCUGACUCCGCGCUCCGCGCUUCGAUUCUUCGUGUGCAUCGAAGUUGCGCUUUUUGAUGUACAGCCGAGCCGAAGAAAGAGCAACCGACGCGGACAGAUGAUCGAGGAAGCGUAA